AUGGCGAGUGCGCCUCCUCAUACUCCAUCUACCCCCAGGACGCCCGGCCACGCAUCGCCGGCAAAGACACCCGAAUCACCCAUUAUCCCUUCACCGCGGACAGCGUCAGUUCAGAGCAGCCCCCCAAGGCCCGUCGACAUCCACAUGAUGGCUGCCGCUCAAAGCACGCAGCCUAAAUCUCUCGUCACUCGAGCCCAGGUCAAGACACCAGAACCUCGCCCCUCUAAAGAGCGCAUGAACGGCCAAAAAGAAGGGGCUGAGAGAUCGCCCAGCACUCCGGGCCACUUGGCGCCGUUUGAUUGGGAAGACUUUGAGGCACGCUAUGAGGAGGCCCUCGCUGAAGCCGAUGGCCAGGAGCAAGCGCUCCUCAAAGAGUUUGAGGAGCUUGUAAAGUUCUUCAAUGUCUGGGCCUCGGCUGCAUCGGUCCACGAUACCGAGCGCGGGGUCAAAAGACUACAAACAAGAGAGCGAUACGUCAAGAUCGCAGAGCAGAGCCUGUUGCAGAAGAAGAAACACCUUACCGAAGUUGUGCGGGCUUUCCAGAGCGCUCUGGCGCUCCUGAGUCAAUCUUGA